AAGUUCGUUGCUAGUUGCAAUUAGCUAGCUAGCUCCCAUAACGCAGAGAAACGUGCACUUGGUUUCUUACCCUCCGGCAAUCAUCUCCAAGAAUAGUCACCCCAAAAGACACUCACAUCCAUGGGUGCAUCCACGUCUAAGGAAAGCUCCCAGAAAACCAUCAAAGACCAAACAUUAUCAGGUCUUGGAAACCUACUGAGGCUCCUCCCGACGGGGACAGUCUUCAUGUACCAGUUCCUCAGCCCUACCUUAUCCAACUAUGGCAACUGCGACACCUUCAAGUACAAGUUCCUUACCUCCAUCCUCGUUGGUCUAUGCGGUCUGGCUUGCUUCUUUUCUACUUUCACCGACAGUUAUGUCGGAGAUGACAAGAAAAUCCACUAUGGGAUCGCAACGUUGAAAGGUCUUUGGCCCUCGCCGGAGUCCAAGAACGUCGACUUGUCGGCCUAUAAGCUUCGGUUUUCCGACUUCGUUCAUGCCUUCUUUACGGUGUGUGUGUUUGGAGUCGUCGUGCUUUUGGAUCAAAAUACUGUGGAGUGCUUCUAUCCGGUGUCGGCUUCCACUGAGAAAACUUUGCUCAAGGUGUUGCCUCCUGUUGUUGGUGCGGCGUCGAGUGUGGUUUUCAUGGCUUUUCCUAACAAGCGCCAUGGAAUCGGAUACCCUAAAAGUAGUACUGAUUCUUCGAAUUAGGAUUCCAAGUCUGCUGGCGGAGAAGUAUCCUUAACAAAAGUCUAAAUCAGAAUUAAGUUCGAGCUGUGUGAUUUUCUAUCUUUUACCUAAUUGUUGCCUUGUUUUCGUGUGUAUAAAUUCCUAUGUUUAUAUAUAAGCUGGUUUGAUGAGAUCAUACGUGCUUACUUUGUUGCAUGGCGUGAUCAGGUUGUAACUUGUGAAUCUUCACAGGAUUUUCAGUUCGCUUCAUGUGCUUUGUGUAUGGUUUAAUAUUUCUUCUUUCUUGAGGUUUGUGCAUGGAGAAAUACCCUCAUCAGAAAAACCUAAGGAAAUUUGUGUAUGGUUAUGUAGUCUUCUUCUUCUUA